GAAGUGUCCCCGAUGGCAGGCUGGAAGGACGGCUCGGUGCAGGAGAAGUAUCGGCUGGUUGUGGUCGGAGGCGGAGGUGUCGGGAAAUCAGCCCUGACUAUCCAGUUUAUUCAGUCGUACUUUGUCACCGACUAUGACCCCACAAUUGAAGACUCUUAUACCAAGCAGUGUGUGAUUGACGAAAGGGCGGCCAGGCUCGACAUCCUCGACACGGCUGGACAGGAAGAGUUUGGAGCCAUGAGAGAACAAUACAUGAGGACAGGGGAGGGCUUCCUGCUCGUCUUCUCAGUCACUGACAGAGGAAGCUUUGAAGAAAUCUACAAAUUCCAAAGACAAAUCCUCCGAGUUAAAGACAGAGAUGAAUUCCCUAUGAUCCUUGUAGGAAACAAAGCAGAUCUGGAACUACAGAGACAAGUAACCCAGGAAGAGGGCCAGCAGCUGGCCAGACAACUGAAGGUCACAUAUAUGGAGGCUUCAGCCAAAAUUCGUAUGAACGUAGACCAGGCUUUCCACGAGCUGGUUAGAGUAAUCAGGAAAUUCCAAGAGCAGGAAUGUCCACCCUCGCCAGAACCUACAAGAAAAGAGAAAGACAAGAGCGGCUGCCAUUGUGUGAUCGUCUGAGGCGGCCUUAUCACUGUAACUCAUGCAGCUACUCUCUACCACCCCGCCCACUCUGCCUAACAUCACAUCCUAAGUGGAUGACUGACCGCUGCCUUCUCCUCGUGCAUGACUUCAGACAGCCUUUUCUGAGAUACUUUGACCAGGAAGUGCUGUCCCCAGGACAUCACUAUGGACAACUGACAAUGCCAAAUUUGAACACCACUCUACCUUCAGCCGUAAUCUAAUUCACACGAGAGAGUCCCAACACUAAACAUUGCCUUCCGAAUCAGCCUGACAAAUUAAUGUGUUGUACUCUGAAGGACUUCUCUUGCCUUGUAGUGACAUUUGUACUUGCUACCGAGAUUGAAUGAAAACUAUAUAUCCAGAAUGUUAAUGAGUUUCUUUAGUUUCCAGCGUCUAAACCAGAGCAGAGCGAUUAUCUUAUGAAGCUUUGUGUAUGUCGUGCCAUAUCCUCCUUUUACUCCCAUGUGCUAAUCUGCUACUGUACAUAUGUGACAUUUGUUGUGAUUUUCAAAGUGUACUUCUAAUGAUCUAUUAAAUCACCACAGUACAGUGUGUGAGGUUGGUUUUACAUAUAUGAAAGUGAAUAUAUAUAUAUA